UGGUCUCGGAGCUUUCGAAGCAGAGGGCGAUUAUCCACAUUGACCUGGGUAAAAACAACGCAUACACACUGUGAGAAGAGUCACUCUGUGUCGGUAUGAAGAAAGCUAUUUUGUUUUCUGGCACUAAUACACUUUCUUUCUUUCCUUUUUAUUUUCCUUUUAUUUUUGUAGACUGCUUUUAUUGUCAAGUAGAGCAGCUGAGGUUAGGGAUUAGUGAUGAUGUGCCGCUGGCAGUGCAGCAAUGGCACGGGAUAAUUGCAGUUAACUACGCAGCGCGCGCCUACGGAGUCAACCGGUCAGACUCAGCCAAAGAGGCGCGGCUGAAGUGCCCCGAUAUACGGCUAGUCCACGUAGCGACAUUUACAGGUGACGGCAGUGCACCAGCGUACCAUGCGAAUCCGCAGCAGACCACGCACAAGGUGAGCCUGGACGAGUACCGGCGGGCCAGCCGGCGGAUCAUGGAGGUGGUGCGGCGUCACUGCCCGGAUAUGCGCAAGGCCAGCGUUGAUGAGGCGUACUUGGACGCGUCGAAUAUUGUAAAGGAGCACGUGCUGCGCGACUACGACCGUGGUAUGCUGCAGUGGGACGCGGAGCUGCCGAACACGCCGGUGGUGCGGUGGACUGCCAAGGCAUACGAGGCCGAGGCCGAGGCCAAGGGCAAGGGCAGGGAGCCGCACGAGGGGGGGGCCAGCCUGGAUGUGCAAGUGGGCGAGCCGGCAGAAGAGACCCGCGGAUGGGCGGACCUGCAGCUGCGAUACGCGGCGGCAUUCGCCCUGUCGGUGCGCCAAGCGGUGCAUCGCACCCUUGGCUUCCGCAGCUCCGCCGGAAUCGCACACACGCGAGCGCUGGCCAAAAUCGGCAGCGCACUGCACAAGCCAUCGCAGCAAACCAUCCUGCGGCACUCACAGGUGGCCGCGUUUCUCGCGGAUUUCCCGAUUGUGCGCAUCCCGUCGCUGGGCGGCAAGCUCGGCGGUCUUUUGGCAUCCGCCUUUGAUGCGCGCACAGCCGGUGAUCUCCUGCAGUACUCGCUCGUGCAGCUGGAGGCAAAGCUCGGCCGAGCGCAGGCUGCUCACGCAUAUGCGCUAUGCCGCGGCAUCGACGAUAGCGCCGUGAUGCGCGGCAGCGAGGGAGGCGGCGAGGCUGCUGCCGGCGGGGAGGGUGCGCAGACGCUGACGUCGGCAAAGACGUUUUUGCGCCAGCCGGUGCGCUUGCUACGUGACUUGGACCGCUGGGUGCUGAUGAAUGCGCGGGACCUGGGCAUGCGCGUCAUGGACGAAUGGGAUGAGCGCAGGCGCUGGCCACAGAUGCUCGCCGUGGCAUACACGCCUGAGGGCGGCCGCCCGCUGCGCACGCGCUCGGUGCCGUUUCCACCACGCACCAGCGGAACUGGUAAGGUUGGCAGCAUCGAUGGAGCCGAUGUCACCAAUGGCACCAAUGGCACCAAUUUCGCCAGUGGCACCAAUUUCGCCAGUGGCACCAAUGGCACCAAUGUCAUCAAUGUCACUAAUGGCACAGGUGACGCGCUGGCGGCGGCCGUGGCUGAGGCUGCGCGCGCGUGCUUGCGCCGCAUCUGCGCUGAGGAUCCGGCGGCACUCCCGAUGGUCAGCUUUAUGCUGACGGCGCGCGGGUUCCGCCGCGAGCUGGCGAGCGCCGCGAUGAUGGGCCGGUGGCUGCAGCGGCGCGGCGACCGGCGCGGCUCAGGGCAGCUUAGCUCGGUGGCCGGUGGCGAGCCGGGCGGCGGCGGCUGCAGCGCCAGCAGCGACUCGGACAUGUCGUGUCUGCAAACGCCGCGGGAGAGCGAGAGCGAGCCGGAGCCGGACCCCGAGGACGGUGCUGUGUCGCCCGCCAGAGCUAGUGCCGCCAGUGCCGCCAGCACAUCCAUGCCCGGCAGCAGCUGCCAGGGACUGCCUGCUAGGCGGCACUCCGUGUAUAUCCAGCCGAGCGCUGAUGUUGAAAGCGAGGCGCGGUACGGCGAAGGCUACAGGCAUAUGAACAUUGACUGCCACGAUGACGGCGCGCUCCUGCUUGCGACGAACCCACUCGCUUCCGCCUCCGGUUCUGGUUCCGCUGGUGGUGGUGACGGUGGCGGUGACGGGUUUGUUCCGGCGCUGAUUGCCGCGACACGGCGCAAGCGCGAGAUCCAGAUCUUCCGUUUCCAGAACCGCGUCGACGCACCCGACGGCGCCAUCGGUACACAGGCCCUGCUGCCUCCUACACCAGGCGACAACCCCAUUUCUUUUCACUCUUCCAAACACCCAACGGCCGACGAUGAGGGCGACGUUGAUGGCGAUUUGGUCAUGGACAUGGCGCGUGACGCCAUGAUGGAGUCGCUGAGUGCGUCGCAGUCGGUGAUGAUGAUUAGGUGUCCGCGGUGCGCUGAAAAUGCGGAGCCGGUGUCGUCGCUGGAGUGGCUGACGCAUGGGGACUGGCAUUUGGCCAGGGAGAUGCAGGAAAGGGAGAUGCGCCAUGAUGAGGUGGCCAGGCAAAUCCAGGACGCCUUUGUCGCGGACGACCCCGGGAGAACAGCUGUAGGAUUGAAACGCCCGGGUAUGCAGGGGAGCGGCACCAAACGAAGGCAGAAAACAAUCGGAGAGGCGUGGAAAUAACCAAGCCUUUUUUUUACUCUCCCCACAAUUCCUCUCUACGGGAACCCUGAAUAUCGGAAUAUCGGACAUGGACAGUGCAAAAAAUUAUAAAA